ACGUCACCCGAUACCCUGCGCUCCUACAGUCAGUCAGCGAAGGGAUGCUCUGAACGAACGAUUGCAGCAUCUUUCCUGAGAGACUACAAACAAUUCGCAUCUCCCUCUAGCUUUGUAUCCAUUCUCGGCAUUCUCUUCCCUUUGGACCCUCCUGAAAACCCACCUCUUGCCCUCCAACAUCGACUGCAGGGUGUCUUCAUGCACGACAGGACGACCGGAUAGAACACCAUAUUUUUAUUUCAGCACUUUUCCUUUCCCUUUAUUUAUUUAACCUCUUUUGUCGUCUGUAUAUUUUUGUUUUCAUCUUUUAUUUUGUUGACCAUUGCCUAACCGCAAUACAGAGAGGAGCGCCAUCGUUCUCCAUUGCCUGAUAGGAAUAUUGCAGUGGAGUGAAAUAACACAUAUGAAGAAAUUAAUGGAAGAUUAAAUUAGCAUACUUUCUACAACACGUUUAUAGUAUCUGGAACGGGACAUAAUUUAUCUGUUCAUUGGAUUUUUGUUGAGGUUACGUUCCAUACGCAGCGCAAGCAUCGUCUUCCUCCGUUAGAACAAAUAACCCAUACUCUGCGUAGCGUCUCGGUGUUCUCUGAAAAGGCGAGGAGAACGCGCAAGAUAUUUCAUUCGCAAGAAUAUACGCAUUUUCGAUUUUUGAAUCGCUUCGUCUAUUUAAAUACAUUUUUUUCAAUCGGCUACGUUGCAUAAAGGGAUAAACGCAUUUUCACCCAACCUACUUUUAAAAUGAUGGCCGGCGGGGCAGUACAACAAAACGGGAUUUUCUUGAAUCCUCACCAUCACAAUCAACAGCCGCACAUGGAGUCGGAUCCCCCUGAUUCGCGUAAAAGGCCACUGGAGACCCCAACCGAGGCUAGCAGCACUAAACGCACAAACACGGGAGUGGCCUUCCUGCAGCCCCUUUUUGAAACUGAAGGCAUUGUAUUCCCUCACCAGGAAUCACACUCUGAGGCACAUGAGGAAGGUGAGUACUUCCUGAAGGUGCUGAUCCCCAGCUAUGCGGCCGGCUCUAUCAUUGGCAAGGGAGGACAGACCAUCGUCCAGCUGCAGAAAGAGACCGGCGCCACCAUCAAACUGUCCAAAUCCAAAGACUUCUACCCUGGCACGACAGAGCGGGUGUGUCUGAUCCAGGGGACAGUGGAAGCUCUGAAUGGAGUCCAUAACUUCAUCGCUGAGAAGGUGCGGGAGAUGCCGCAGAGCACCCAGAAAUCCGAACCGGUCAGCGUAAUGCAGCCACAGACCACCGUCAACCCUGACCGCAUCAAACAGGCCAAGCUGAUAGUACCAAACAGCACAGCAGGUCUGAUCAUUGGUAAAGGUGGAGCCACAGUCAAGGCCGUCAUGGAGCAGUCAGGCGCCUGGGUGCAGCUCUCCCAAAAACCUGAGGGCAUCAACCUGCAGGAGCGCGUGGUCACCAUUAGCGGAGAACCCGAGCAGAACCGUAAAGCCGUGGAGAUCAUUGUUCAGAAGAUUCAGGAGGACCCCCAGAGCAGCAGCUGCCUCAACAUCAGCUACUCCAACAUCUCUGGCCCUGUGGCCAACUCUAACCCCACCGGCUCCCCCUACGCCAACUCAGCCGAGGUGAACCCCGCUGCUGCUGCUGCCGCCGCUGCCACAGCCUCCAGCCUCCUGGGUCAGGCCACCAUGCAGAGUAUGGGCGGCUUCCCCACCACCAUGGGUCCCAGCUUCUCAGGCAACGACCUCCUGACCAUCACCUCGGCCCUCAACACGUUAGCCAGCUACGGCUACAACACCAACUCCCUGGGCCUGGGGCUCAACCCCGCGGCAGCCUCAGGAGUCCUGGCCGCCGUAGCGGCUAGCGCUAACCCCGCCGCGGCUGCCGCUGCAAACCUCCUGGCAUCCUACGCCAGCGAUGCCUCCACCAGCGCAGGCCACCAGGCCGCCUCCCUGGGAGGCUUCACCCUGGGCUCGCUGGCCGCGGCCACUGGGGCCACCAACGGCUACCUGAGCGCCUCAUCCCCGCUGAUGGCACAAUCCCUGAUGGCCACUGAGAAGCAGAUGCAGGAGGGGGCCAAGGACGUGGUGGAGAUCGCUGUUCCCGAAAACCUGGUAGGAGCCAUCUUGGGGAAAGGAGGGAAAACGCUAGUGGAGUACCAGGAGCUGACUGGAGCCCGGAUCCAGAUCUCCAAAAAGGGAGAGUUCAUUCCCGGCACCCGGAACCGUAAAGUUACCAUAACCGGCUCUCCGGCGUCAACGCAGGCAGCUCAGUAUCUGAUCAGCCAACGGAUCACGUAUGAGCAGGGUGUGCGCGCCACCAACCCACAGAAGGUGGGCUAGAAAAAGGGAAUGGAAUGGAGGAAAACGAGUGGGGGCUUGGGGAGUAAUGCAAAGUGAGAGAGAAAGGGAGAGGAGAGCAAGAAUGUUGGAAGGAAUCGUUCACACGUUUUUUCGUGUUUCAGUAUUGUAAAAAUGAUGUGACGCAAAGAAUUUGCUCGGAGAGAGGAGAAAGUGUAAUGCGGAAUACAAAUGAAAAUAAGGUGUAAAAUGUAAAUACGGUUUUAUUACUUAAGUCUUGAUCUUUCGGGAUUUUUUAUUGUUUUGUUUUUUUGUUCUUUUGUUUGUUUGGGUAUUCUCCGGACAGUGGUGAAUGCGAUUUUAAACUGGCAUGCUGCCGCGCUGCAGUUUGGAAAAGGGGGGCGGUGGGGGUACUGGGGGCCGACCCCCAUGGAAUCAGCCCCUUCCCCACCCCCACCCCCAUUCCUGUGUAGCUCACAGAUUUUUUUUCUUCAGAUUUGCCUUCAGUUUCAAUUUGCCCCUUACCCUGCCCCCCUCCCCCUCCCCCUAACAAGUGCUUGGUUUGAGAUCUAAGGAAAAUCCCUGUAGUUGAUGACAUCCCCCUCCUUUCCCCCAUCCCUCGCCCCUCUCACAGACCCCCCCCCUGUUUUGGGCAAAGGAGGUUGAGAGAUGUGCCCUCCUAUCCCUAUUGCCUCGCGCCUUAGGUUCUGAUUUAGCCAGAUGCAUGCUAUGCCACGCUCCGUAUUUAUAUAUGGGAUGCUCGUGUUUCGUAUGUAGGACGAAGGCAGAGACGCGUGGUGCAUCUCAUUGGGUCAGAAUUCUAGCAUAGCGCAAGAGUACAUAUAGAGGUUGGGGCAUUUUUCUCAACAAGGUUUGCAGUCUGAUAUUAUGAUUAUUAUUAAGAUUAUUAUAGAUAUCAUCAUCAUUAUUUAUUCAUAUGAUUUCACCCAUAAAGUUCGGUAUUUUCCUUGUUUUUUUUAAAUCUGUGAAUUCAGGUUGACAUGAAUGUAAAGACUAUUUUUGAUUUGAUUUGUUUAAUUUAAGUGGAUUUAAUAGUAUGUCACGUAGUGUAAUAUACAGUAUGUCUUAUUUAAGUCCAGUAAAAACUGCGCCGUAGGGACCACUACAGUGAUGAAGAGGAAGGGUUAGCUUUGAUAUCCAGCAAAGAGCAGGACAGUAAAUAUUCACAUUAAAACACACACACACACACACACACACACACACAAACACUCCCAUUUCAGUGCUAAAAAGGAUUAUAACAUAUCUACAUGGCAGAUUACGGUGAAAUCAAGCAGACUAGUCUCUAUAUACAUACAUAGCUGCACAAUGAAAAAUGCCACUUGCGCAACGGGCCCAAGAGCAGCGUUCACAUUCUUGCAGGAACGAAGUUCUCUAAUAACGUCAACCCUCGAAGUUGUUUCAAUGUUGUGUGAGCUCAGAUUUAUCUCCUCUCUCUCCAGCUUAGCCUGUGUCCCUCAACAUUGUGAAAAGCCAAAGUGUUGUUGGGACUGGAGGGCCAUAGCCGUCUCCACUGAGAUAUCCAGCGAGCGCUGCUCUUCUGCCUGUGGCACUCUAACUCUAACUGUCUAGACAGGCCAGGCGAGACACUAGGAACAAGAGGACUUAGAACCUAGAGGUGGUGGCCCCGCCAGGAUACGUACAUACUACUGAAAAAUGCAAACACUGAAGAUGAGAAAGUUGAUAGUUGGAACGAUCUCACUAGGGUCCAACCAGAUUGCCAGGCCCCGUCUCAUUGCAAACAGAUCUAUUUCAAGGUAGUUCAUAUUUAGAAGUAGUUUUCCCUAAUACUUGCUCUUAUCAAGCAGUGUUCUUCUGUCCACGAUGAACGGGGGGAAUGUAAGGUGGUACGUACGGUCUGUUGGGCGUUAACUACAAGUCUAAUGGUUGUGGGUUAUUCUGAUUUUGGAAAACUGUAGGGACCUCCCACUACACACUCCCUGCAAUGGAUACUACCCACUAACCUAUAAGCUGCUAAAGAUGUUUUGGUUUGUUUUACCUUGUUUUUUUUUUUUUGCAAUCUGAGUACACUGAAGUCCAUCUUAAUGCACUGUGAAGUGUGGGUAUCUUUUUUCUCUGCCCAUGAGGUCAGGGCUGUGUGCUGUAGGAGCUUGGUCACAGGCAUAUGCGUUGUUAUUAUUAUGUCAGGGAAAAUGUACACAUGAAAAUACCAGGCAACUACGGUAAUCAUAUCUCAUGAACAAAACUCUAUUUGCAUACAAUAUCAGUUCUCAGUUAGACAUGCAAGACGAGGAAAGAGUAUUCAUGUUUCUAAACACUACGCUGAGACCGGGAUCCUGGAUUGAGGCUUUGGAUGCGCUUUGACUCAGUUUGGCAUUGAAAGUAAUGUGGUUGUAGAAACGGUCUCUAUUUGGAGGAUGGGAUUGGGGAGGGGGGGGGGGGGAGUGGUAGGUGUGCAUGUUCAGCUUUUGCUAUUCAAAGACAACAGUUGGGAGGUAUGUGGAGUUUUAUCCCAAUUUUGACCGGGUUGCUCUUUUUUUUAAGAUAAUCUAAUCGUCCGACUUCCCUUUUCAUAUUUGCUGUUUUCAUAAACAGUUGAAAUUGAUGUAUUCUGUUAGCUAACUGAAAAUGGCGGGCUAACCUAAAUGUGAUUACUUCUAAAAUGCCAAAGGAGGGGGGGGGGAAUCUAACUUGGUCUGUGGGUAUCUUUGGGAACCUAUCUCCCCAAUUGGGCAUUUAGACAUUGUAAUGUAAAGGAAAUCUAUCCAAUGGUGAGCUCUCACUAGUAUUCGCCAUUGGAACGUUUUCUCUAUUGUCUAUUGGAGCGACAGUGAAGCGCGUAUCUCGACAGAUUGGUAAGGAGGCUUCUUUAUUUCCAUCUAAUACCAUCCACUUUCCUCACCCCCCCAACCCUUGUACCUCCGUGCACCCCAUUCUUACACAUCAACCCAGAGCCCCCCUCUCACAUCUCUCCAUGGGUGAUAGUGUCUGGUGUUGCGAUGCAUGUCUGCUUGCCCUUCCAGACCACAACUACUCCAAAACAAUGACUGUCUGAGUCUCUUAAUGCUAUGAGGGUAGAGAGGACAGAGUUCCCUUGGUUGUAGAGCUGAGCAUUAGAGUCUAGUUAGUGACCAUUUUACCAGCAGCAGUGAGAACAAAUUAGUAGGUGGCAGUGGAAGUAAGAAAGAGAACCUGCAACCAGGCAACUAAGAGAGAGAGAGCUACUAUCUGACUUCAUUCUGUCAAUCCCCUGGCCAGUGGUUUGAAACCAUAUCUUAUUCUGUAUGUUAGUGAUAGGAGUGAAAACAUUAUGCUACAUUUGGUACACAUGCCCAGAUACAUACAGUACAUUCAUAAACACAUUUACAUAGAUUGCGAGUAGAAUAAGGGAAAUACUGCUUGUUGAAAUCAUUAAGAAAUGACAGAAAUUACUGGAUAUCAGCGAUACUACAACUGUGACAAAUCAAUGUGAAUGAUAUCAAAUAGAACAAUAUCAAAUACCUGUAGUUGGAGAUCACGGGAAGGUGCCAACAAAGUUUGUCAAAGCACGGCUUAUCUUUUUAUCUAAUUCAGCAAAAUUACCCCAUGUUGAUGGGGUUUUAGGGUGUCCAUUUUUGGCUGGUUUGUAAUUUAGGGGAUCUAGAUAAAAUGUGAUGAGUACUGGAAGCAAUAUACGUAGUAGCAUGUUGUCCUUAUAUUGUCUUUUCGUUCUGUCCGUUGUAAAAGCUUAGGAUUUACCUAGAUGUUGAAUAGAUUUACAUAAUUACGAAUUUUUUUUUAUUUGUGAAAUUGCUGCUAUUUAAUAAGUGAUGUACUAAAAAUAAAGUUAAAAC